AUGUCCACCUCAGUAGAUGUUCUCGUGGUUGGCGCUGGUCCUGUUGGCCUUGUUGGCGCUUUGGCUCUUGCUCAGAACGGAGUCUCUGUCCGGAUUGUCGACAAGGAGGACCAGUUCCUCGUGGGCCAACGCGGUUCGGGCAUCCAGCCCCGUACUCAAGAGGUGUACCAUCUUCUCGGGUGCCUCCAGGACUAUCAGAAUAAGGCUGGUAUGCGUUUCGCUCAGAAGGUCUACGAUGCCGAGGGCAAGCUCGUGCAAUCUAAGAACAUGAUUGACCCAUCGCCUCCUACACCCGAAGUGCCAUUCCCGACUCCCAUCUCGCUUGGUCAAGACACGUCUUGCGCCAUCCUUCGCCAGCACCUCAAGAAGUGCGGCGUCGAGGUCGAGUUGUCGACGGAACUGGUUGAUCUCAAGCAAGACGAGUCUGGCGUUGAUGUGACCUUGGUGCAUCACGGCAAAGACGAGGAGAAGUUACGCGUGAAGUAUCUUGUAGGAGCGGUGGGCGCAAAGGGUCCUGUGCGUAAGCUUGUCGGUAUCAACUUUGUCGGCGAGACACGCGAGCAGCGCGCAGUCAUCGGUGAUGUUGAGUUAUCUGGUCUGGACGAUCGGCUUUACUGGCAUCGCUUCAACAACGAUAAGGGCGACAAGAUCCUCUGGCGUCCGGUCGCUGAGGACGACAAACUCUGGUUCAUGGGCCUGUUCGGACGCACGAUCGACCUUGAGAAGGCGGCGGUCGACGUCGAGUACCUCCAUGAGUGCUUGCGGGACAUCACGAAGAACCCGGAGAUCAAGAUCACGAAGAUCCGUUCUUUGGCGGAGUGGCGCCUCAACGAGCGUGUGGCCGACAAGUUCAGUGUCGGACGUGUCUUCAUCGGCGGCGAUGCCGCACAUGUCCACAGCCCCACUGGAGGACAAGGCCUCAACACGGGCACACUCGACAUGAUGAACCUCGCCUGGAAGCUCGCGCUCGCUGUCAAAGGCCUUGCGCCGCCCUCGCUCCUCGACUCUUACCACGCCGAACGCGCCCCGGUAGUACGCGCAAUGCUAAACGUCACGCACGCGCUCGCGGACAAGACGUUCAAGUCCAACGACAACGAAGCGUGGAACCGUCCCGUUGCGCUACGCCAGCUCGGCGUCCACUAUCGCUGGAGUACGAUCGUCCGUGACGAGCUCACGGGCGAUGAGGACGUUGGCGAGGCCCAUGGCACGACCAUCGAGCCUGAGGACGUAUAUGGUGCGGGCCCGGGACGCCUUCAUGCCGGCGAUCGCGCACCGGAUGCGCCUGCGCUCCGCGACGCGCGCACCGGCAUCGAGACCAAGCUCUUCAACAUCUUCAACCCGACUCGCCACACCAUUCUGGUGCUCGACCCUUCGCUUGCGAACGACGUCGCCGCUGCUGUAGCCAAAUAUCCCCCUGGAAUCGUACAGACCAUCGUCAUACACCCUCAAGACACACAGAAAGCUGCACCCGUGUCCAACGUCAGCGCUGUGCUGGUUGAUAACGAAGGUCAUGCGCAUCGCGCGUAUGGCGCCGAAGCCGGUGCUGCUAUCGCUGUCGUUCGGCCCGACGGUGUAGUCGGCGCUCUGCUCAAGAGCGCGGAUGGUGUGGCGAAGUACUUCUCGAGUAUUCUCGUCUGA